AUGGCGACCGUUUUAGAGUACAUUGCUGCUAUUUUGCCGCGAAUUCUCUUCUCAGGUCACAGUAUUCUAGCCUUGUGGCUUCUUGUACAGCUCAAUCCUAACCAGACGAUAUUCUGGCCUUUCUGUAUUGGUUUGGGAUGCCUGUUUCUGGAGUCUAUAUACACUGUUAUCUUCCGCAAGGGUGUAGAAUAUAAAUAGUAAGUAUUCGUUCUAUAUGAGUUAAUAAUUUUUAAGGCUUGGAUGUUGUUGCUCCUCGCCUAUUUUCUUAGAGACUAGAUUCUAUACUUCUCAGCCGUUUGAACGUAUGUUUGUCUGGGAGCUUGCACAAAGAAAAUACUGAAGCAUUGGCGUUCAAAAGAUCUUAUGACAACAUUUUCAAUAUGCUAUGCAUUAUACUGUCUGGCUCCACUUACUAACGUCGUGAUACCACUUUAAGUGUUUCUUCAUUUUCCCAGUUUCCCCUCUGAUAAAGGUUGCGUAAUAGGCCCGGUUCGGACGCCGAACUUUUAAUGAGCCGAACUUUAUUCGCAUAAAGGCCGACCCAAACUAUUUAGACCGCCUGAAUUGAUUCAGGCGCUGAUCUUAAUUCCAGCCGAACAAAAUUCAAAAGAAGAAUCUUCAUUUUGGUUAAACUGCUUGCAAAAUACGUUAUUAUAAUUUAUGCAUUAGGUUCGGUACAUAAAAAGUUCGGCGUCUGAAUCAAAGCCGUUGCAAAGUUGAAAUUUCCGGCCGUCCUAGGCGUGAAGAACGGAUGAUCCGUUCCAAAUUGAAAUAGGCGUUCCUAAUUGAUUCAGACGCCGAACUUUUCAUGUACUUAAUUCAAUGUAUUAGGUUCGGUUCAUGAAAAGCCAUCGGCGUCUGAAACCAGGCCUAAAUUCCAAAAAGCAAGGCCAUCAACAAAUUCAUAGUAGGUUGCGCUAUGGCCUCUAGAAAGAAUGUGUUGGGCUUUAGCUACAGGCUUAGCGAGUCUCCGAUCUCUUCUUACUGGGUUACAGGUGUGCAAUGUUUUACACUCGCUGUCAAAAACAUACAACGCCAGUGAGUUAGGCACGUGCAGAAUAAAUCAAAACACAACUUGAUUACCUGGAAGUCUUAAAUCUUUCAUUCAAAGAGAGCUUUUACUUGGCCGUUUCACUCUAACACGCUCUAAGCUGGGAUUUGUCUUGAUAUGCAGACUGAUUUUAGGGUUUACAAAGUCCAUUAUUGGGAGGUGCUUCCUCAGCAGUAUUAUAUAACUUAAUGUUUUAGACCGGCUUUUGUCAAAAAGGCUUUUUAAAACUAUAUUUUUCUUCGGGGAAGGGGUGGCGGAGGGAGAGAAGAUCUUGAUUUGCACAUACCAGUUUAAAAACAACUUUUUUUGUAAAGAGCUGAAAUGAAAUUCGCGGCGUGACAAGUUUGUAAGGUAGUGCUGCGUAUAAAGACCUAAAUCAGCUCUUGCAAAGACCUCUGUAAUAACGUUGCAACUCGAUGUCUAAAAUCCAUACCUAGGUUCAAAAAAUCAUUUUAAUUUUUCAAGGCUUCUUCUUAACCAACUGUAAUUGUAAUUGACGAGGAGAUUUGGACAUCUUGCUGUGACGUAAUAUGAUCAAUAGAUAUGACCGGGAUCGGGAAUGGCCGAUGAAAACGUUCGGGAUUUCGGGAUGAAAGGGAAAUUUUGAUCGGGAUGGCGGGAUUUAAGAACCCUAUUGGGUACCCUCUAAAUGGCUUUGGUUGGGUCGAACGUUUCAUUGAAAACCUCAGUCUUGGUUCGGUGUCUGGACAAGGCUAUUUAUUUUAUUAUCGCUGAAGAGUUUCAUUACACGAUAUCUCGAUAUACUCAGAGAAAUUACUCAAAGUCAACAGAAACUUUAACUGGGAAUUUUUGAAUUUAGCUGUUAAUCUCAACCAAAUCUGGAGAGAGUAGAAAACCAAAAUUUCUACAAAUUGUUGACAAACAUGCUCCGAAUUGAAUUUCGCCCUACUAAUAGAGCGUUUUCACUCAUUGGAAGAAAAGAAAGCGUUUGCAUAAGAAAAGAGUUCAACUCCCACAGGAUUGUCUUGGUACACCAACAUGGCCGCCGUUUCAUCGUUUUGGAACACCAAUAUGGCCGCCGUGACGUCAUGUGAAAACGCUCUAUAGUAGACAGGUUUUAAAGCUACUGAACAAACUCAAUAAACUAAAGGGGCUGGUCUCGAUAAAAUAUCAUGUCAGUUUAUUCGAGAAUGCGCUGACUUUAUUUCGCCAUAUUAUUCAAUUAUUUUUAAUUGCUGCUUAGCUCCGGGGUUUAACUACCGGCAUAAUAUGACCUCGUAUUCCUUGAUGACUUGAAAUUAGCCAAAGUAACCCCUAUAUUCAAAGAGGGUGAUAGAAGUGACAUGAAUAAUUAUCGCUCAGUUUCAGUGAUUUCAGCAAUAGCAAAAGUCUUUGUGAAAAUAGUUCAUAAUCAACUUUCUUUCUAUUUAUCCGAAAGUAGUAUUAUGUCAAAAUAUCAAUCUGUUUUCGAUCCCUUCACUCAACUGUGACCGCUUUUCUGGAAGCCACUGGUAAUUGGGCGUUUAAAAUAGAUCGUGGUUACGUUAACGCCGUUGUCUUUUUAGAUCGAAAAAAAACAUUUGACACAGUCAACCACUAUAUUUUAUUAUCCAAACUAAAUUCAUAUGGAACCAAAGGAAAUACCUACGAACUGAUUGCUCUCUUCAUACUCAGACAAUCGACCAAGUCUCUUGGUGUAUUAUUUGAUGCCCGGGGGGUGGGGGGGGGGGGUUACUCCCUUAUAUAAGCUAUAUAGGAAUGUGCCGCCCCAUUGGAUAGGGUUUUUGCACCUUUUUGGUCUGAAAACAAAUAUAUGGUUUUCGAGGGAACUACAGGAGUGUAUGAACGUUUUUAUUGUUUCAAUUCCAAAUAAGUAGGAGCAAGAGAGGUAGGAAAGAAAGAGAAAUAUGCGAAUUCUAAAUGGAUUUGAAGAAAAAAAAAGAUGACAAGUACUGAUGACAUAAUUUCUGCAGACAGGCCGGGUCUGAAAUCGGGUGUGGAUUUUAGAGGUCUGGUCUAAAAAAGUGCUUUUUUUUCGCUGGUGUGAUUUUCGAGCUUAUCCCAGACACCCCCCUCCCAAAAAAAAAAAAAACUGCCGUUUGGCCCUUUUCCACUCAAAUGACUUCAAAUUUCGCUACAAAUCAGCUAAAUAUAUUAUAAGCUUACCAUAACACCUUCUCUUAAUUUGUUUCAGCUUCUGGCCAAGUUGUUUCUUCUAUUUAGGAACACUUGUGCCCAUUACAUGGACUGCGGAGCUUCGACUUUUGGAAGGCAGACUCGACAAUGAAACUAUGGACGCAAAGAAAACCAUGCCGGGAGGGGUAAGAACGGAAAUAAUUCACCAAAGUGGUGUCGCAUGAGGUUAGGGUAGGGAGCAUUGGGAAGAAGUUAGUCUGUGGACGCGAAUUUUUUCACUGUUUAUACAUAUAUUUCACCAAGGGAGGAUAAACGUAAAUAUUUAAAGGUAGACAAACCUAUUUGCUUUCUACAUUAAUUUCCCAGAUCCGUGUCAGUCAAGAAGAAUUAAAAAAGUUUUGUGAGAUUGGGCUUAUGCUGAUCAUUAUUUUAAGCCGUUGGUUGCUUCCUCGUGGCUCCAUCACGCGCGAUCAGCUGUCGCUGUUGCUCCUCGAGUACGUAGCCAUUGCUGCUGAUAUUCUUGAGUUGUUUGAAGCUUUUGAAGAAGAACAGGUAUUUAUCUGUAUACUGUUUUUUUAAAUAAAUUAUUCGCUUCAGUGAAAACAAAUCCAACGGCGAUUUUAAGUUGAAAUGAACUAAAGGAAUGUCAGGCUGACUAUUGUGACGCAGUUGCCCUCUAACCACGCAGUGGCCGAUUAAAAGACCUUAUCAUUCGUCAGUGGUUCAAAAUUGUGAUCAUCUGACCAGCAAACCUAGGGCGGACGUUGCGCUCCUUCCACCAUAAUUUAAAUUUUCUCUUUGGAAAAUAAUUGUUCUCGUAGCUUUCUUGUGGCACACGACGUUAAACGUUUAUUCUUCGCACCAUGGUAUCCGUCAUUGCCCUUUUCUGCGUUCAGACUAUUCAUUGCCAGUAAGCUCAUGUCCUCCCAAAGAACUAUUUUUUCUCUCUUGCAAUGAUGUAAUUUCUCUCGAUUUCCGUUUAUUAAAACACGACUCAAUCAUCGUCAAGGAAAUGAAAAACCUUUAGCAAGGAAAUCCUGUUUUGUGAAGAAUAAAUCGCCUCCUCACUUCUGAUCUAUCUCCAAGCAAGCGAGACUUUUACUCUCCUAGAGUCAGGGAUCUAGAGCGUUCUUGUUUAACUUAGACAAACAAACAAGGCGGCGAAAAAGCAAUGGCAUACAGAGGACGAUUAGAAAAUCUACUCAUUAAAAUUUUGUGAUAUUUGGCAGAAUAUUUUACUUUUAUCGUAUUCUAAAUAAUGAGAACUUUAAAAUGGAAGUUGAACCGACGAAUUUUGAGACACAUUUAAUAAUUACAGUACAAUUAUAUUAUUGAUUAUCUAAAAACCCGUCUGUUAAAAUUUGGUCAAAUAAGUUUCAAAUGGUAAUGACUAGUUAUAGUAAGCUGUGUGCAAGUUUAUAGGAAAAUCUAAUGGACGAAUUUUAUGUAAACUGAGCAAAAGUGAAAUUUUAAGGUUGUAUUAAAACGUUCGUGUUGCCAUGGAAACUAAGAAAACGUCAAUUUUACCUGUCAAUCAAGAUCUUUCGUCGGUAUAUUUUUCACUUGCAAAGUUGUUUGUGAGCUGUAAACUUUCUCUUGCCAUGUUUCGGCAAAUGACAUAUACUCACAAACUGCCAAAACUGUGUUCAGCCACCUUAAGGCAGAGACACACGCACAUAGAAUACUAAUGAAGGUAGACUGAUGAACAUUUAUUGCUACUCAGAGUUUCACGCUUCUUGCGAAGCAAUCAUCCGGCAACCCCAUCAGUCUAAUUUCAUUCUGCUCUAGUCGACAUAGUUCAACGUAAUUGAGCAGUGACUCUUAUAGUCGAUGAGGACCGUCAUCACUCUAGUAGUUGGCAAGAUACUGAUGUAAAUGCGCGGUGAUCGUUAUGGUCUUGUUGACUAAUGUUGUGAAUCAAGAGUUCCGCUUUUAGGCUUGCCUUAAAUGUUCACUGAUUUGAAAUGAGAACGCUUAUUAAAGCUAUGAUUGAUUUCAGGUUUCGAACAAUAGAGAGAUAACAUUGUUUACACUUGGAGUCUUUUCAUGGAGUCUUUUGCAAUUCACCCUGGUUACCACGUCAAUUGGUAGCGAUAAAAGCCAACAAUACGAGGCUGACAUAGAAGAAGAAAAGGUGAAAAAGAACACAAAAACGUUGAAUUUUUCGCUUAAUUUCUUACUCGUCGCAUAAAACAAGUCAGCGUGACAGACAUCAAAAGCAGAAGGCAGGGGCACCUAACGACGAUUUCCUCCUAAAUACAUUAAAAAUACUUUUUAGACUAUCCAGAGUGCUUUUAGAUCUCUAGAAUUGCAUUUUAAGCUGUGCUAUAAAAUUUGUAUCUGUUCGGUCAUCCUAGGGGAGCUUGAGUCUUAAUUAUUACAGUCUUAUUAGAAUUAUUAAUUUCCCGAAAAUUUUAGAUGUAAUUUAACGUAUUAAGAAAAUGAAGAAUUUUUCUGAUUCCUCUCUCCAUCACAUUUUUGAAUCCGGAAAUUUUAAGUUUCCUUUUUUCUACGAAAAAUAGCCCAACCUAGGGAAUGAAAUGUGACAAUAUUAAACUUCAGAAAAUCAUAGGGAAUUUAUUAGAUAAGCUUGGAAAAUUGUCCAUGAAUGGAACGGUCAUUUAGAAACUUUUAGCUGUCCUCGAAUACACCUUUUGUCCUUCAUUACCGGGAAAUAAGUUUCUAUUAACGUUAAAAUAUUAUUCAUUUUAACUAAUGUAAAAACAGUUUAGCCAAGGAAGCAAACAUUUAAGUUUGUGGCAUAGUCACUAAAGAUUUUUACAUCAAGAAGAACAAUCAUUAAGGCCAAUUUCUAUACCAUUUUAUCAAAAACAUCAUUCUUUAGUGCAAAUGAAGUUUCAUUUUCGUCAGGUGGAUGUUCGUUUAUGAGAACAGAAUAUCAAUAACAAUCAUUAUUAUUAUUACGAGCAUUAUCUUGCCAAUAUUGCAUUAAAUUUGGAGGUAUGCUUUAAUUCGUGCGGAUUUUACAAUAACCUAACACUAGCUAGUAUUGCAGAAGUGGGGGUCAUUUCGUUAGGCUUACACAGUGUACAUCAUACUGUAAUUUGCUGCUAAGCUUCCACAAACAAACACGCGAUGUGCACAAUGCUUAGUCAAUACAUGUACAAAAUCAGGAAGCAGGAGGAUAAAUAAUAAAGGCCAGAAAAUUUGCUGCGUGGUUUAGACGUAUACAGACCAAUAUAUAUAAGUCUGUACAUACCUAUGCAGACCGCGAUGUUUGAAAGGCGAAAACAUUGAAGGAUAAACAAGCAAAAACUUGAUUGUUAAAAAACACUAUAUUUUUUCUGGUAAUGAAUUUUUUUUCUUGUUAAAGAACAUUAAGAUGCCUCAAAUGUUUGAUUAUUUUUUCUAAAAGAUUGUUAUUUUCACCGAGUUGAAACUAUAUUGGCAUUAAUGAAUGUUCAUGCCUAUGUAAAUAGAGGAUAUUACACGGUGCACGAAGAGUGGCAAAACAAUAUUUUACGAACGAGCGCAGCGAGUGAGUAAAAUAUUGUUUUUGCCACGAGAAAAUAAAAUUCAUAUCUUCAAGCCGCCGCGUAAUGUUCUUUUUAUUAGGGAGCUUAAGCAACAGCGUUUUUGAGCGACGGACGUCAACCGGAAGUGGACUUUUUGCAUCAUUGAGCAGUGGUUUGGUUCAAACUCUUGGGUAAAUGGUCUUUAUAAGAGAAAAGAAACUUAGCAAGACAAAUUUCUUAGUGUCAAGGACUUAAAAAGGGAGAAGACCCCACUUCCGGUUGACGUGCGUCGCUCGAAAACGUCCUUGCUUAAGCUCCCUAUUAUAUAGACAAAAAGACAUCGAUAAAAUAGUAGAGGGAAAUGACCGAAAUUACGUCAUCGAUUAAACUCACGUGUGAGAUUAUAGAAAAUAAACCACUCGGGUCCCGGAUGUAGUUUUUAUGAAAUUUACGAGUGGUAUAUUUUCCAGUAAAACACUUGUGUCUAUAUAAUAAAAUGCUUUAUUGAUCUCACAAACAAUUAAAGCGAUUGUCUAUUUUUCUGCAGUGAUUACACAUUCAUUAUAUCGACUGACAUUUUGAUGCUAAUGAAAAUUUAUUUCCUGGUAAUGAAGGGCAAAAGGUGUUAGAACAUUCUAGGCAGUAUUUGCUUCUCCGAACAGAUAUUUUACAGAAAACCGUCGUUGCGUGCCCCUGAGAGGGAAAGGCUUGAAAAACAGCAAUAACUAGGGCUGUGUUGAAACAAUAGACCAGUUUCCAAUUAUUAAAAUUCCCACUUGGCACCGAGGCUGAAGGGUAUAAAACAAAAGAAUCGCAUUGAGAAUCAGUGAUUAAUAAUUCAUUACUUUUGUUUUAUUCCCCUCAGCCUCGAAGCCAAGUAUGAAUUUUGAUUCGAAACUGGCCUAUUCUGCAAGCUUCCACAGCUGCAAACCAAGUUAAAAACGGGAUAUGGUUAGCCCCGCCGGCCCCACCUAUAGCCUGCGAAUACAGCCCUUUCUCCUUGCUCCUCGCCGCUAACGAUGUUUCGCCAGGCGUCCCUGGCGGCGAGAAGCUAGGAGAAACGGCUGUAUUCGCAGGCUUGCCCCACCUAUUAACUUCAUAUUUGAUAAUUUAACAUGAACGGGAUUUUUGGUAUUUUUUGUUUGUUCGUUUCGUUGUUGUUUUGUCGCAUUAUUGACGCACCGAUAGUUCAUGGGUGAAGUGGUUAGAGUCCAAAAGCCAUCCCAUAAGCUGGUGAGCUCUCUUGAGUGUCAGUAAAAUGCCGACUUGGGGCAGAGGUCGGAGUUCAGUGUUCUUGUUUCAUUUUCAGUUGUUUUCCCCUGACAAAAACAGUCAAACACAAAAUGAAACAAAAGUACAAUGGACCCUGACACCCGAACUGAGUCGAAGUUCUACUGGCGCCCGACUCUCUUCCAAUACUUAUCAUACUUUUUUUUCUGACUUUCAGGUAGGAGUGGAAGUUUCUGGCUUAUCCAGAAAAUAUCUCCGAAAAGCUGUCGAAGCUAAGGAAAAGCAAAAACAAAAGCUUCGCCAGCUACAAUUUGAAAAUGAGGAAGCCGAAAAAGAAAUGAGAAAGUUAGAGCUGCAAGGAGACCGAUAUGGGAUCCUAGCAGCCAUGUUUAUGCAAGAUGUUCCCUUCUUGAUUCUCCGACUUUAUCUUGUGUUUACCUACGACUUCUUCAAAUCAACGUUUCUUUUUUAUAUCGGAAAGAACAUAAUUUCUCUUAUGUUGAUGAUAUAUCGCCUUUAUGUUAUUCACUUUCACGCAAAGGACAAGGAAAUCAUUAUUGAAAAACCAAACGGAUUUCGGGGUCUUUCAUUCGCAUUAAUUGGAGCUCGGAGAUUCAAGUCAACCAAAAACAGCAAAAGGAAUAGUGUUCGCAAACAAGGCCUUUUUUCACCAAGACUGAGCAAGUAG